CUUUAACAUAUUCCCCCUUUUUCAUUUUAGAAAUCAGGCCUAGGGUUUCUCAUUUUCAAUUCCACCCCGUUAACUCACAAAACCCGAUAACUAAAUCCCCAAAUCUCUAACCCCUCACUCUCUCCGCCGAUGGCAACCAAAGGUUCGUUGAAAUCAUCGGAACAAUCCGCCGCCAGCGUCACAGACGAGAACAGCAACUCAGGGUUAAGAAAACCGGUGUUUGUUAAGGUUGAUUCUUUACAGCCGGGGACAAAUGGCCACACACUGAUUGUGAAAAUAUUGAGCUCCAACACAGUACUCAGCAAGAAGCCCCGGAAUACGAUGUCGUUCCGUGGAUCCCAGAACCAGAAUACUCGUAUCGCGGAGUGCCUCAUUGGCGACGAAACGGGCACCAUCCUCUUCACUGCCCGUAAUAACCAAGUUGAUCUGAUGAAGCCAGGCAAUACCUUGAUUCUUCGGAAUGCAAAAAUUGACAUGUUCAAGGGGUCCAUGAGGCUAGCUGUUGAUAAAUGGGGCCGCAUCGAGGUUACUGAACCUGCAGAAUUUGUGGUCAAAGAGGACAACAAUCUAUCGCUGGUUGAGUACGAGUUAGUGAAUGUUGUUGAGGAAUCUUGAAACUAAAGCUAUGUUGCUACUAUAACAAUUUACUUGGUGAUUAUUGGGUUUGGUACACGGAUUUCUCUGAAUUAUUUUGAUUUUUAUCGUUUAAGGUAAUUAAAUUAACUCCAUAGGACUAGGAUUAGUUUGGUUUGAUAAUUGGCUCGUCAAAGACUGUCCCUUGAUGGUGUUCCUCAAAUGAUUUAACUAUUAAAAUGAUGAGGUCCACAAGUAGAUGGAACUCUCGAAGCCAUGAUUAUUGAAAACUGUAGUGUCAGCUACAUGUGCUUUGUACA